AUGUAUUCAAGCGCAUUCGACUCACUCGUUUGUUAUCUUUUGGCAAGGAGUGAUUGCAUGUGAUCAGCGACCCUUACCUCACUACAAGAGAAACUCUGAGAUUCAAUGUUCAACUGAGGUAAAAGUGCAUAUUUUCUACACAUUUUGCAAAGCUUUAGUUUUCUUUCUGGGUGAUAUUUGAGACGAAAUUUAAUCAUAAAUACAAGGACGUGUGUUACCUCUGAAUUAACCAAGUUAAUUGCCAAGCUCACCGAAGAGUCUCUGUGGCUCAGUAGUAGAGCGUCAGACAACGGAAUCCGAAGGUCUGAAGUUCAAUUCCUCACGGGGAUUCACUUCGUCCUACGUUCGUAUCGUGUCGUGUCUUACUUCAUUAACAUAUGAUACCACGCGAUUCUAAAGAGACAACGGAGUUAAGUGUUUAUUGACAGAGUUGCUUUCGUGUAGUCAGAACUUAGACUGAAAUUGCGGUCGAGGAUAAAAAUGUUUUGCUUCAUAAAAGCUAGUUUGAAUUCAAUAACGUCUCUUCAGCGCUAACCUCUCUGUGACGGUCGAGAGAAGAACCUUUAUUAAUCAAGUCAAGUUUGCAGUCCGCUAGGUCAGUUAUUAGCGCAGUCGGAAGAAAAUGAAGCCAGAUCAAACAUAUUCUAAGAAUUUUUUUUUCUUUUUGAGAAUAUGAGGAAAAGUAGCCUUGAAUCUCGAUCUCGGAAAAAACCUUCGUGAUCUCACCAUACCGGCACAUUAAUUAUUGUGAACGUACAAUCCAUUGUCGUGCAAUGUCAUCGUUACAUAAAGACAACCGCAUGUUUACAGGCUUAACAUAUCUGAAAACAGAUCCAGGAUACUAAAUCUCUCCCACACACUCCAUUUUAACCGCCAGGAAUGUUUUUUUCAAAGGCAGCUGGACUUUUGUCAACCCAUACAUCAUUAGCAUGCAGUUCUUAGGUUUAAAAAAAAAAAAAAAAACAACGACAGCAAAUAGAUUAAACACGAUCGAUAGAUUAUCUUUGGGAGUACGGCUUUGUUCUACAAUAGUACGUGUACGGGAUUAUACAGAAAUCUUCACCAGUUUUCCUUCAAAAAGCUAGUUUAAAUUCAAGAAAGUUUUAGUCUUGUGCUUGCCUUGAGGUGAAUAUCGAGCGAGGUUUGAUUUUCCUUGCUGAACGCCGACUAUUUUUAUUUUGUUUGAAAGGGAUUUUCACGGUUCGUUUGCCAUCGCUGGAACCUUUGUUUGUACAAGCUUGAGUUUAUGGUAAUUCGUGAGACCAUUGAAUGCACUAACUCAUGGAUAUGUCAUUCAGAACUAUAGAAGUUUGUUUUCAGUCUUAAAAUACCUUUCGUGACCCUCUGGUUUUCGUUGGUUUCGUUGGUUUUCGUGACCCUCUGACCGAAGUCACGAUUUUCGACUUUUUCCAGAUGUCCAUAUAAGCAGUUUUGAUUAUUUUGAUUACUAUUACAUCCUCGGAGACGCAACAGAUCGAAAAAAGAUACGAUGAAUGUGUAGUUUACACCAGUUUUGAACAAAACACGGAAAUUAAGGAAAGCACAGCAUACGUUUCUCAAGGCGGAAACCACAAACGGGCGUAUUCGGUGUCUUAAAGACAGAAUGCUUUGUAUGAUUUAAGUCAAGCGAAUAUCAACUUGCUAAAGAAUAAAGACCAAGACGAGGUGACUUUCAUCUUUCAAUAGGUAUUCAUUCAGCAUCAGUCACAACUAUGGCGCAGACGGUCCCUGCAGAUGAUGAGCAAAUGGAACAGAGAAAAAGUGGCUUGUACAAUUGCCUUAGUAAAAUCAAAAAAGAAGAAAACGACAGGAAAGACCCUGAAAGGAUUGACCUAGACAUAGAAAAGGAAAGAAAUACGGAGGAUAAACUUGCAGAUGAAUUGCUCGAAGCCCUCGAGAGAAAUGAUGCAGCUGAAGUUUGGGAUCUGGUUGAAAAUAAUCAUCCCAUCGAAGCGCUAAAAAUCAUGCAACGAGUCAACAAAGACAUCGCCAAGAAGGCGAGGAACAAAGAAAAGAGCUGCAAUUUCCAUUGUAAACCACAGGCAAUAUUAUCUUGCGUCGGAGAUACUUAUUCUCCUAGUAGUCGUCACAACGCAAAAGAGACGCAACACAUAGAGGAAGAACGAAAAGAUGAGGCGAGAAAAAGAAAGUGGAUCAAAAUACUCUCCAACCCUCUAUUCAUCGGAGUGGAAUGGCUCUGGAGAAGAAAUACCAACCGCCACUCUGAUGAUUGCCAUGAAAAUAACGACAGGGAUGCCAUAGGAAAGGCUUUAUAUGAUGCAUACCUACUGGAUAAGAUUACCUCGCACGAACACUACUAUAGUUUGGAGGAUUACAAGAGUUCCGUAGAAGCUUACGAGUCGUUCGCUGCUGAUGUCUUGGAGGAAAGCACCGUGACUGAGCUGUACGAGAUCAUGGACAUCGAGGGAGACGGCUUCUUACUUCGGGGGAGCCCCCACCGGCUUAGGAAGUUAGAUCAAAGUCUGAGCCUUCUAAAGAUUGCUGCUGAUUAUGGAAGAAAGAAGGUUUGUGUGGAUAUUGAUUCUUAAAUAAUUCUACUUAAUUCUCAAAAGCUCAAUCAAUUCAUCAUGUUAAUUAAAACGAUUUGCACAGCUCUAUAAAUUUGAAUUACUAAUCAAAUCGUUCUAUAAUGAAAUGUGCAAUUUCAGAGACGAGAAAAUUAUUGUCCAAAGCUUAUUUAUCCGAUGAGGUUAACGUGAAAACUAUGCUCAGUUGAAUAAAUUAAUUAUCAAUUUUGACCCUAGAUUUUGCAUGAGUCAAGUGGGAAGUUUAUAAAUGAUCACGCUUGGCGCAGUCCUGUUUAUAACGCCCACUCCUUCUCUUUUAAAAAAGGGUCGAGAUCAUCUUCCACUCCGUUGGUGGAGUGUGGUUCGAUUGCGACUGUGAUGUGCUGCAUGUCGACCCCAAGAAACGAUUACGUAUGGGAUUGGACAAACAUGACUAUUCGGAGAAGGGAUACUUGAUGUGAUAAGCACCACGCUUGAAUGCAUUUGGUGGAACUCUUAAUGUGUUCUCUGCCCUGCUCAAAGUUACGAGAUUCUAUGAUUAUCCUGGCAAUAAACACCUUUGUAAGGGGGGGGUAGGCAGAAGAGAACACUGGGCUCCGAGAAAACAUCAGAAUAAGCCAGGUUGUUCACAAGGCAAUCAAGCUGACGCAGGUUCAAUGCAAUUUUCUUACGUAGCCGUACAGCUUUUCGAAUAUAUUUUUUUCAAGUUUAUUGCUUCUAUUUUAUUUUUGCCGUGUACAAAGAUAAAGCCCCCUCCAAAAAAAAAAAAAAAAAAAAGUAGAUUCGAUUCUGUUAUCUUGCAGUUCAGUAGAACUAGUGGCACAAAGUCCAAUGAAAGGUCUGAAAAAGCUGUGAUAUCACUGUAAUUAAUGCUCUAGUCAAUCUUACUGCAGCUAUAGUGAAUGCUGAAUAAUGUAAUCUGCCUGUUAAAGCCUUAUUAAUCUUUUAAUUUGCAGUUUGUGGCGAGUGCAAGAUGCCAGUCUGUUCUUGACCAAAUCAUUUUCUACAAAUGUCCAGAAUGGAAAGACGAAGGCAUCAUGAGAAAGUUUGUGUGGGUCGUUGUUCAGUUGAUUCUCACGACAAUCCUCACUCCAUUCUACAUUUCUUUACGGAUGUUUGAAAAAGUAUUCCCAAAGAAGUCUUCCAACAUGUGUUCUAAUGGAAUCGCGAAAAAAUGCAUCGAAAGGAUUAGGAGCUUAUACGAACAUCCCUACUCGAAGUUUGUCAACCACUCAAUGUCUUACUUUUUGUUCCUCGCUCUCCUGUUGUUGUCAACGUUUGAUUUUGAGAAUGAGUACAAAUCAACUUCAGUAGGACUCACCAGGAUUGGUAAGUCCACGCUGCUGUUGUAAUUGUGUAUCCGUGUGAAAAAAAUUUUUUGGCGUACAAGCAGGCCUUCAUCAUAAGCGCCAUAUUAGUAAGAACCGAUGAAAAUGUAGUAUAAUUAAGGUUAUCCUAUAAUCUCCUUCUAUUGCAAAGUUACAAGUUGGGUGAAGGGUACUCGGAGAUUGAGUGCCGUUUCGAUUACGUGUUGUAAAUGUAAAAUAAAAGUUAUCAAAAAGUCCAAUCAAUGCAAAGAAGAAUAUCUUAAAGAGCCUAAUGGGAACUUGAAGGCGGAACAAGCAAUCUGUAUGAGACGCGGGCGAACGUGAGUGACUGAGAAAGUCACGACUAGCUUUAGUUCUGUAUCUAAGUGGUUCAUUGGAUGGCGCGAGUUUUCUAAAAUAAUCACAAUGCGUACAAAAACGAUUAAAAUGCAAUGACACAGGUUGCUUGCCACACUGAACACAAAAAAAAACCCAUGAGCAUGACGAAGCUACUCCAUGAUCUAAGAUUAAGUAAGGCAAACUAAAUCGUGCUACUGUUAAACUGGAGGGCACAAAGUUAACUGUUAAUUCACCCACCAUUCAAUUCCAAACGAUCAUAGCUGAGCAAAUUAAUAGUUUUUGUUUAACAUUCAUCCACAGACUAUGCAGCAAUUGUAUUCCUCAUUGGUCUCAUCUUGCAAGAACUUCUGAAAGCUCAAAAGCAAGGAAUCCAUUUUUAUUUCUCAAAAUGGUGGAAUAAAAUGAAUAUACUAACCCUGGUUACUUUCGCGGUGUCCUACAUUGUAUGGCUUGCCGCGUGGGUCCACUUUGGAGAAUGGCAACCGAGAAGAAACCCAUUUAUCGUGGCUGAUGUCCUGUAUGCAACUGGAACUGUUAUGGCAUUUCUCCACUUCACCUACAUAUUCCAAGUCAGUUCAACUCUUGGCCCCUUGCAACUUUCCUUGUACAGAAUGCUGAAGGAUAUAUACAGAUUUCUUAUUAUCUAUUUCAUGCUUUUCCUUGCAUUUGGAACUGGAUUAGUCAAGAUAUACUCAUACUAUGUUUCCUCGCUGCAUAAAAUAGAAGAUGCUAUUAACCCGAGUUCUCAUCAUGUUGCCAGGUAUGUGAACAACAGCUCGCUACACAUACGCGUGCACGAACGUUUUAGCAUAAAAAUACUAACGUUUUUGCUUAAAAUUACGAAAGUUUUCACGUAAAUUCACGGACGUUACGAUUAAAGGGCGUGGUGGGUAUACUGGUAAGUAUUCUAUUGUCGAUUGCAAUGUAUUGUGCUCUCUUACUUUGGAUAAUAACGAUAAUAAAUUGCGCGCGUUAAAUGAUAAAAGAUAUCCAUUGGGAAGCUUUCACAAAAGAGAAGAAAUUAUUUUAAGGAAUAAGAACAUGAAACAUGUCAAUUUAACAAUCUGCAAACACUGCCCGAAAGACCCUGCAGCUUAAGCGUGUAUGGUUUAUGCUUUCUAGGAGACAACGUUUUUGCAAUCAAAUGCAUGUAACUGGAUAAACAGACAUAGUUGUAAUAGACGGUAACAUGAAAAUAAAUAAGCUAUAAAUAACAAUCUUAUUUCGUGAUACAUUUGUUUAUUGAUGAAAAUGCUAAGCUGAAAACAGCAUUUUUGCCUCAUAUAACCUCGCCAAAAACCAAAAACUAAAACCAAUAUACGUAUGAAUUUGUCGACGUUCGGAACAAUUUUGAAUUCAAGUUCUUAAAAGUUCUCUUACCUUGUAAUGAUUCAGCUAAAAUUUAUCUCGUGCGUCACAUGUGAGAAAAAAGCAUGAAAAGAGUUUAUGAGAGGAGAAGAGUAAAUUGUACCUCGAAACGUUUAUCAUUAAAAGUCAAGAAUAUUUAAAAGAAAGCCGAUGUUUUACCUUCCAUAUAUUUUUUUCAGACACGACUUAGCUGCUAAACUGUUAGUUUCGAUAUUUCUGGGUAAAGUGGAUGACGACAAAGUAACGGUGCAGGAUCCAGCGUUUCACCUCACCGCUGUCAUUGGCCGUAUAUUUUUGUUCGCCUAUGGAAUCUGCACCACCCUCGUAGCAAUAAAUAUGCUGAUUGCUAUGAUGAACAACUCCUAUGAGAGAAUCAUGGUAAGAUCUCGAAAGCAUCUUGUAGUUAAUUUUGGUCGAGGUAAAAUCAGUCUUAUGAUGGAUCGCCCUCCUUUCUCAACACGCGGACUAGGUCACUAUCCUGCGUCAAGUGUCGCAGGUGCAAUAGAGGGGCGAGAUUUCAAUCCAAAAGACAAAAAAAAUAAACAUCUUGGCCCGCGGCUCCAUCAUUAGGUAACGUAAUUUUUGUCUUUCUGAGGACAAAAAUUGCCCGGAAUCGAAUCUUAAUUCAAAGGAACGACCGUGGUCUAUUUCCAACAACGAAGUGUCCAAGGAUAAAUAUUGGGGUACUAAGAAUCCGUGCUCUAUGGCACUCCUGGCCUUUCAGGUAUCUUUCCUCGCACGCUGAUCGACGAACAGCUCGGAAAAAAAAAAACGAAAACUAACAAGAUUUUGACAACACAAACCAGCGUGUCUUAUUACACGCGUUAUAUGCGGUUAAUACCUAGUUUGACCCGGGCCUUGUUCAUUCAUACGACAUCUUUAGACUGCCAAUUGCGUGCGAGUUUAGAGAAUCGACGGAAUAUAAAAGGUUGAAUGAAUGUAAUUUUUUAGAGCACCCUUCGGUAUUCUCAUCGAGCACACAUUUAAUGUAAUGGCUUCAUUAGUUAUACUUACACGAAGGUCUCUCGUAUUGGGUAUUCGCCUUUAGGAAGAUGCAGACCAGGAGUGGAAAUUCUCAAGAUCCCGGUUGUGGCUGGAUUAUAUCAACGAUGGAAACUUCGUACCAGUUCCUUUCAACAUCGCCUACUAUUCCCUUUAUCUCUUUUUCAUCCCCAACUACAUUUUCCGUGUAUGCUGCAAGAAGGAACAAUGGUCUCGUUCUCGGAAAGUAAGUGUUUGCUGCAUCAGACCUCUCCCUUCGGCUUUCAACUAGGUUUUUUUUUUCACAUUACUGGCCAGGAAGCUGGGAAACUGGGAUGAAGUAAGCUAAAUACAUUUAAUUUUCACUUUAAUUGCAAGAUAUGUGAUAAGUUUUCUUCAUAACAAAAUUACUUGGAUUUCUGUCUCUGUGCAUAUUUUCCGAGCAGGCUUCGGUAUCGUCAAUAUCGAAUAUUUGAAAUCGGUAUCGGCCCAUCCUUAAUGAAUACUUCAGAUUUUCCUUUUUGUAAUGUACUCCUUUUAAAAUAGAAAUUGUAUCAUUAAAAAGUUUUACGAUAAUGGUUCAGAAACUGUCAAACUGUUAGCAUACAGGGAAUCAAACAACGGCGUUCUUCAAGUAAAGUUUGAUUUUUCCAAAGUUUCUGUCAAAUGGAACCAGGACGAGAUUCUUAUUGAACGUUAUAGUGGACAAGGAACUCAAGACGUCUUUCGUUAUUGCUCCGACAUUGCUCAGACAUCUCUUACUUCAAAAUUAAAUUUGUAAAUAGAAGUGGCCAAAUCCCUAACUAUAUCCGAACUGAAAAUGUACUUGUGCUAUUAUUGUUAGCAGCCAUCAAACGAAACUGACAUGGAAUUGGAACGAAUGAAUUCGAACCUCGAGCGAUGCACAACAGACAAGGUAUUGAGACUUUCCUACAAACAGCUAUGUUCUUUUGGCUUUUUAAGCAUGAUACUUCUUGAGACAUUAUUUUAAUAUAAUCCAAAAACAUUUUUAGACAAUACUCAGUACCAGCAGAUAUACCAGAAAGGGGUUCACUGAAUUCGAAAUGGUUCUUUUUUGUUGCUGUGUCAACUAUGGGCACAAUGUAAAGAUACUCAGCAUCCAUAAGAAAAUGUGUUUUCUGAACCCGAGGAUUGAGGUGCUUCGGAGCUCUUUUAAUGAAAUAACCUAGGAAUAAGUGCUAUGCAAUUUUUUCACAAAGCGCCAGAGAAUCAGCUUUAAAAUGUCUCGUUUUGAUCUUCACUUAUGCAACGUCAGUUGGCCAAGUGAUACUUUAAGCGACCUCUCAGUGUUAGGGAAUUUUAAGAUUUAUUUAAAGAUUGUUGUUCCCGCUUAAGAUCUUUCGACGUUAUUUCAUUGAAAUCGAAACAUAGAAAUUAUAUUUACUGCCCUUUCUAACAUUAUAGAGGUGAAAGAGAGGGAGGUUCAAAACUUCUGUCACUAAGUACGGAAGUCUGCCUCACUAGAUAUUCUAUGUACAAAUGUGUGAGAAAGCUUGUGCUGCUUGAUCUAAGUAGUUGCGGCUGUUGUACACAAAAUUAUUACUAAAUACUUCAGCCCACGGCAGUAGCCGCAUCUGCUCUUGGUGCCAAUUCGGGCCAAAGAAAUCGGGCUCGGACAUUUAUGUACACAAUGUUAUUUCAGAUCACGUUUCCUCCUCACUUCGAAGAACAAAACCGUUGAUUCACAAUUUUCUUCUGACACUAACAUUAUAAAUUUUCUUGAGGACGGUGGCUGAAAUUGAAAGCAAUUUCUCUCGCUCACCCAAUACAAUGAUGAAGUCAAAUGCACCCAAAUCCAUGUAGUUUAAGGAUAGAAUACGUUACAGAAAUAUAUGAUUAUUGGUUGAUGACUUCAAUGAGCAGUUUGCUAAUGUCUUGUUUUCCAGACUCUUACACAUUGCUUCUCCUGCAUUUGCCCUGGAUGUUCAUGUUUUUGUAAGCCGACCCAAGCAAAAGUUGUUAGAGAGGUUUGUAAUAUAUAUAAUAGCUAACCUGUUAUUACGUCCGCUAAGACUUUGACAGGUGGGAAAUCUUGAGUGAAGCUUUUGGGUGUGGUCUGAAUGUCUGCGAGGUUUAUGACUCAUCUCCUUAUUUCCGAAAUUAAGGAGGUCUUGCUCGUCAACUGACUGAAUUGACGCUUAAUAACGUGGUUAAGUCUUCACUUACCUCUCAAGACAAGCAUGAGCUCCGAAUGAACCGUGUAUGUGCUUAUUUCAAACUUUACAUAUACAAUUUGUAACGUGACUGUUUCGCCUUUCAGGAACGCUUACAAGCGAUUAGAUUCUCCGUCGCAAGGUAUCUUAACAAUCACUACCCAAACGAGGAAAUAGAACGCGAAAUGGGCACACUGGUAAGUUCACCGGCACCAAAAGCAGAUGAAAGUCUCCAGGAGUGAAAGCUAUGUGGACAAUUCAGCUAAAUUAGUCUGAAGCAAAGGUCCGAAACGUUACAUUCAGUGAUGUUUCACUUUUAAAUUCCAUUUCUGUCGUUAUUAUACAUGCUUAAUAAGUAGAAAUCAGUUCCGGAGGAACCUGGAAACUGCUUAUCUUUGCUUUACUAUAGAUAGGUAAAGUCUUUGCUUAACAGAACGAGAGGCGUUGAUAGGAACCUUAAUGAUAAUGAUACUAACUUUUUGUGACCGGGCAACACAGGCGAAAACAAAUAACGCUAGUGAUCAUUAAUUUCUUGAGCCGCAUGUGUUAUUAGCUACAGUCCCAGAUCAAUUGCAUAAAGUAAAGCUAAACUCUACACAUAGAGAAUAACAUCCAACUUGUUUUUAUAUUCGUAUGAAAGAGGCAAGUAAGUGGCCAUUUUCGGCAUUGUAUUGCAUAACUGAAUAAAUAUGACAG